CCUAAAUCGAUAACAAAAAAAUCUUAUCCAAUCGUAAAAUCUUGAAGCCAUCGUUAAUUUCCGUGAAGCCAAUCCCCGUCUGUCUCUAUGGUGUUUUAUUUUUCAACAAGCUGACGAAAGCUCGGGUUUUUCCGUGUAGUAGCAAUAAGAGCCGAGAGUCUUACACACGCGAGGCAUAGACAUCAAGCGGGUUGGGUAACUCUGUACAAUUGUUUUCUCUUACUGAACAAGGAGAUAGGUAUUUUGAAAAUGUUAUCAGCUAAUGAGCUCGUGUCUGUUGGGACAUUUCAAGUGCUUAAAUUACCUCUUGGAUUUAUCCGCGUUUUGGAAUGGCUUUUUUCAAUUUUUGCAUUUGCGACAUGUGGAGGCUACAGUGGACAGCUGUGGGUUAGUGUGGACUGCCAGCUUGACAAGGCCAGCAGCAACCUCAGUAUUGGCAUCGAUUUUUCCUACCCUUUUAGGUUGCACCAGGUGUCCUUCGAGGCUCCGCUGUGUGAGGGGAGGAGGAGGGAGAGGCUCUUUCUCAUCGGGGACUACACUUCCUCGGCUGAGUUCUUUGUCACCAUCGCUGUGUUCGCCUUCCUCUACUCCUUCAUGGCCACCAUAGUCUACAUCUUCUUCCAGAACAAGUACCGCGAAAAUAACCGAGGCCCUCUGAUCGACUUUAUAGUGACCGUGGUGUUCUCCUUCAUGUGGCUGGUCAGUUCUUCAGCCUGGGCUAAAGCCCUGUCGGACAUCAAGGUGGCCACAGACCCAGAUGAGGUGCAGGAGCUCAUGUCUGCCUGUAAGGUCAUGACCAACAAGUGUGGCUCAGUGCAAGGACCCCGCUGGUCAGGCCUCAAUACCUCUGUGGUGUUUGGCUUCCUAAACUUCGUCCUGUGGGCAGGAAACAUCUGGUUUGUCUUCAAGGAGACUGGUUGGCAUAAAGGAGGACCAGCUCGGUACGCUGGAGCGCCUCCCGAAAAACAGGCUGAGACAAUCAACCAGCAGCAGCCCUACAACCAGGGCAGUUUUGACCAGUCAGGAGGCUACAGCGCCCAGGGAGACCAGGAGCAGGUAUCAGAAUACAGUCCUGUGGGCGGACCCACCUCCUACUCCAAUCAGAUGUAGCUUUGCAGUCUGAUUGUCACACUGAAGGUGGGGGGGACAUGCAGUUCUUAGGUAGAAAUAUUCUGGUGCCAGAAAAAGUAAGUUGUCGAUUGGUACAGUUAAACAGAAGUAUUUUGGAGUAUUGUACAUAAAACUAGAUUUUGGUUACGUUUUUAGAUGUGUUGUCCUGAAUGUUGUAUUGCCUGUGUGUUGAGUCUGUUGAUAUUUUCUCAUUUUCGGUGCUAGGUGCUAUGCCACAGAACCUUUUAACUUGAUGUCUUUUUCAUUGUGGAAGAAAAAUGUGGUAUACAAUUGUAUAAUUCUUGAAGUUUCCUACAUAGUGUUGACAAAGUGCAUGCAGUUGUGCUAUGUGUUACUAUGCCUGUUUGUGCACAUUGUAUUUACGAAACCGGCAGGAUUUCAUCUCAGAGUUACAGUAAGGUAUCAGCAGUAGUUUUACCUCACAAACGCAACAUUUAAAGUGUUGUUCUAAUUUUUCAUGAGCAGAAAUAAAAUAUCCCAAUAAUUUUCCAUAUGCACAAAAAGCUUAUUUCUCUUAAAAUUUUCUGCACAAAUUUGUUUACAUCCCUGUUAGUGAGCAUUUCUCCUUUGUCAAGGUAAUCCUGCAUGCAGGGUUUAUGAUCAGUGUAGUUACCGUUUCAUUACACAAGAUGCCCUUGCUCUAAAGGGGCUUUAUGUGUUGGUUUGUGGGAAGUUUUUGAUGUUAGUGUUAACAAUUGUAAAUGGGAAAAGUGUUUCUACCUGCUCUGUUUACAAAUGGUCGCUCAUGAUUCAAAUGAAAGGACUAGUUUUUUAAGCUGCUGUCAGACUACUGUGAAAUGAUGAGUCAUUUCAUACACCUCCGAGAGCGAGCUAGAUGAGUCCAUUUAAGCACAAGGCCCCAGUGAAAAAGGCCCAGAAGAACCUAGUUGCAAUUAGAACAGUCAGCUCGGCCAAGCUCGUCUGUAUAACCAUUAGUGAACCCCUUCCAUUUUAUCUGUCAUGUUUUCUCUGUCUUGAAUUCAAUAAACAAAGUCAUUCAGGUUUCUCUAUGACUUUCAAAAGUUUGUGAAAUUAAUAAAAAUAGGCCUAAUUAGAGAAUGUCUGAUAAUAUUGAUGAUGAUGAUGAUAAUUAAUUAACCCUGUUUCUUGAGCUCCAAAGCAUGUGGCUUGCAUUAACCAGAUAACAACAAAAUAUGAAAAAAUACAAUAAUUAAACGUCCAUGUAUGUACUUCCCUUCUGUCCGUGUAACAUUAUAAUGUGAACAAUCUGAAAACCACUUACCAGCAUUAUUAUUCUGUUCAAGAUUACUGAGUGUGGAUGAUAUUCAAGCAAUUUCAAUAAUCCUGAUAAAGAUGUUACACAAAAAACAAAAACAUUAGUGUUUUCUAUUUCUCUCUUUGGCAUUUGCACAAAGAGCUUUUGGGAACAAUGGGUAGUCAGGCCAGUGUCCCUAAUGGGUUAGGCACUAACUCCAGAACAAACCUGACCAAGCCCUUACCCUGCCCCGACCAAUGUCCCACUCAGUUCCCAGAUAGAAUGCCGCCUCAAACACACUCAGCCUGGUUACCAAAGUAUUGGGCCAUGGCCCAUGAGCGUCUGUCAGAUUGUUGAGCAGAAACAGCGUUUCCCCAGAGAGUCAGGCAGUUAUGUCUGUUGACCUUUGCUCCCUCACCAAAGUGAAGGAAUUCUGCUAACAAACGAACCUAAACCCAGACGAUUAAAAAGUGGCUUUAUGUCUCAAAAAACAAGAUGAUCAGUGUUGAGGAAUCCAUGGGUGUUGAGUCCAGCAAUCAUUUGUCCCCAAGCUUUGGAAUGAAAGGAAUUUGGCUGCAAUUGGUUUAACUUGGGAAUCUCACAAUGAGCAUCUGACCUGAGAACAGAUUCCUUACUGCUAUUCUCAGGGAACAGCACUUCUGGAUUUAACAGAAGAUCCAAUCUGACUGUAUCACUUUUCUCUCUCAGCAAAAAUAUUCAAGUAUGUCCCACCAAGGCAGGGGUUCUCUCUCUCUCUCUCUCUCUCUCUCUCUCUCUCUCUCUACCUCUCUCUCUCUACCUCUCUCUCUCUACCUCUCUCUCUCUCUCUUGCACCUGCUGUCUGACCUGUUGCACCCUCUACAACCACUUUGAUUAUUAUUUGACCCUGCUGGACAUCUACGAGCAUUUGAACAUCUUGAAGAACAAACUGGAUGUCUAUUAUUAUCAUCUCUACCCGGCACAGCCAGAAGAGGACUGGCCACCCCUCAGAGCCUGGUUCCUCUCUAGGUUUCUUCCUAGGUUCCUGCCUUUCUAAGGGUUUUUUCUAGCCACCAUGCUUCUACAUCUUCAUUGCUUGCUGUUUGGGGUUUUAGGCUGGGUUUCUGUAUAUUACCUUGUGACAUCUGCUAAUGUAAAAAGGGUUUAUGUGGUGAAAAGGCCUAUUUGUGUGGUGCUAAAAUGUUAUAAUGUUCCCUCUCCCCACGUGAGAAUAUGACUCGUUGACAAGUUGACUCCCUGCGUAGCCUAACUCACACUAAAAUGGCUGACAUAGGCCUAACCCGAGAAAUAAAAAGAAAGGUUAAAGGAAUAGGCUACAAUAGCAUCAUGGAAACAGGUGCUGCGCGAGUGAAAUCCCCAGUUUGGAAGGACAUCAACACGGUAGAUUGAUUAUGGAUACACAGCCUGCACAAAGUGCACAAGCAAAACAAAGUAUCAAUUAGGAUUAUUACAUUAAUUCAGGCUUUUGUUCAUUAGACCAUACAUAGGCCAAAUCAAGUUUAAACCUGUGCAGCUGGUAAACGUUUGAGCAGUGGUGUAAAGUACUUAACUAAAAAUACUUUAAUGUACUACUUAAGCAGUUUUUCGGGGUAUCUGUACUUUACUUUACUAUUUUAUUUUUGACAACUUUUACUUUUACUUCACUACAUUCCUAAAGAAAAUAAUGUCCUUUUACUCCAUACAUUUUCCAUGACACACAAAAGUACUCGUUACAUUGUGAAUGCUUAGCAGGACAGGAAAAUGGUCCAAUACACGUACUUAUCAAGUGAACAUCCCUGGUCAUCCUACUGCCUCUGAUCUGGCGGACUCACUAAACACACGCUUCGUUUGUAAAUGAUGUCUGAGUGUUGGAAUGUGCCACUGGCUAUCCGUACAUUAAAAUAACAAGAAAAUGGUGCCUCUGGUUUGCUUAAUAUAAGGAACUUGAAAUUAUUUAUACUUUUACUUUUGUUACUUCAGUAUAUUUUAGCAAUUACAUUUACUUUUGAUACUUAAGUAUAUUUAAAGCCAAAUACUUUUACUCAAGUAGUAUUUUACUGGGUGACUUUCAUUUUUACUUGAAUCAUUUUCUAUUAAGGUAUCUUUACUUUUAUUCAAGUUUGACAAUGGGUACUUUUUCCACCACUGAGUUUGAGUUGCCAACAGCUUACUUAUGUAGCCUAUCUUUGCAGCCUAUAUUCGACUCUGGGAAUGGUUUAUUUAAGUUUUAAUUAGGUAUAAACUAUAUGAUUAUCUAGACAAUAUUGCAUGUCAAUGUAUUGUUUUGUUAUGUCAGCUAUAUGCUUUCAUUAGGUAA